AUGAUAUUGUUUGGUUUUCGCAAUAUUUGGUUGUUUCUACUGAUUUUUGGGCAAACAUCAGUUCCAUGCUUUUUCAUAGGCAUUUCAUACAAUCAACCAAAACUUUGUGCAAAUGCAACGUGGAAUCAGACGGCUAUAACUUUUGUCCCAAGUCCUACGGUUGGUACAUAUCCUUUAGGCAUGUUUGUCGAUAGAAAUAACAGUGUCUAUGUCGCUGAUCAAACGAAUGGGAGAAUUCAAGUGUGGCGUAACGGAAGUACCAUACUUACAGGCAAUUACUCUGGUGGCUUAUCCUGGCCUUAUAGCGUUUUCGUUACGGACAAUGGUGAUGUUUAUGUUGACAAUGGCUACACAUAUUAUCGGGUUGAUAAAUGGGGAUGGAAUUCAACAAGCAGUGUUCCAGCAAUGUAUGUGUGUGGACAAUGCUACGGUCUUUUUGUCGAUAUCAAUAAUAUGCUUUACUGCGUAAUGGGUCCGUAUCAUCAAGUUGUCUCAAAGUCAUUGGACUCACGUUUAAAUGUAUGGAAUAUUGUUGCUGGUACAGGCACAGCUGGAUCAACAUCGGUUACACUUAAUACUCCUUGGGGAAUGUUUGUUGAUAUUAACUUGAAUUUGUAUGUAGCUGAUACUUUAAACAAUAGAAUUCAAAAAUUUGCAUCAGGACAAUCGAAUGGAACAACAAUAGCAACAGGAACCAUUGUAUUAUCUGCUCCAACUUCAGUUAUAUUUGAUGCUGAUGGAUAUAUGUUUAUUAGUGAUUGUUGGAAUCAUCGUCUUGUUGGCUCAGGACCUAAUGGAUUUCGAUGUAUAGCGGCAUGUUCUGGAUAUGGUUCGUCAUCCAGUCAAUUAUAUUAUCCACAUACCAUGUAUUUUGACAGUUAUGGAAAUAUAUUUGUCACCGAUGAAUACAAUAACAGAAUACAAAAAUUUCUUUUGUUACCAAAUUCAUGUAAUGGAACGACAACAGUAACAACUGUGGCCACGGUUACUUCAAUGAAUAAUACUCAAUCAGUUUCUUUAACAACAACUGUUUCUGGAAUAAGUUCUGCAACUGCACCAUAUUUAAACCGUAUGUAA